UGGAAGACAAAGAAAAGGUGGGUUUAUCGCCUCCACUCGGAUAUCUCCGUUCUCUGUCCCCAACUUCCAAGUUCCAAACCAACAAACUACCCUCAUAACUCAUAAUUCUCUCUCACACACAGACACUUCUCUUCCUUCAAAAUGCAAUCAUCCAUUUCGCUCUCUUCCUCAUACGCUCCCACCGUUUCUUUUCCCUUCUCCGUCGCCACUCUCGCGCCUUCAAAUCUCCGCUUCUGCGCUCUCAGGCGCCAGGCAUUCACUCCCUCUUCUAUCGUCCACCGCCACACCCGCCGCCGCGCACACUCCGCCGCAGUGUCCGCCGCGCUUUCCGACAACGGCACCGCUCCCAAAUCCUUCGACUACGACUUGCUCAUCAUCGGCGCCGGCGUUGGCGGCCACGGCGCCGCGCUCCACGCCGUCGAGAAGGGUUUGAAAACGGCGAUUGUUGAGGGAGACGUGGUUGGAGGGACGUGUGUGAACAGAGGCUGUGUUCCUUCUAAGGCUCUUUUGGCUGUGAGUGGUCGUAUGCGGGAGCUGCGGAAUGAUCAUCACUUGAAGUCGCUGGGUUUGCAGGUUUCUGCUGCUGGGUAUGACAGACAGGCUGUUGCUGACCAUGCUAAUAAUCUUGCUUCGAAAAUCCGUGGCAACUUGACCAACUCCAUGAAAGCACUUGGAGUGGACAUACUCACUGGUUUUGGAACUAUUUUGGGUCCUCAAAAGGCGAAAGUUGGCUCUUCCAACAAAGUGGUGACUGCAAAAGACAUCAUCAUUGCCACUGGUUCCGUUCCUUUUGUUCCCAAGGGCAUUGAAGUUGAUGGGAAGACUGUGAUUACCAGUGACCAUGCACUCAAACUGGAGACUGUUCCAGAUUGGAUAGCAAUUGUAGGAAGUGGUUAUAUAGGCCUUGAAUUCAGUGACGUAUAUACAGCUCUUGGAAGUGAGGUUACUUUUGUUGAAGCUUUAGAUCAGCUCAUGCCUGGAUUUGAUCCUGAAAUUAGCAAGUUGGCUCAGAGGGUUCUCAUUAACCCCCGGAAUAUUGACUACCAUACUGGUGUUUUUGCAUCCAAGAUCACUCCUGCAAGAGAUGGAAAACCUGUCACAAUUGAGCUCAUUGAUGCAAAGACCAAGGAACCAAAAGACACUUUAGAGGUGGAUGCUGCACUAAUAGCAACUGGAAGGGCUCCAUUCACACAAGGUCUUGGAUUGGAGAAUAUUGAUGUUGUAACACAGCGUGGUUUCGUUCCUGUGGAUGAGCGCAUGCGAGUAAUUGAUUCAAAUGGAAACCUGGUCCCUCAUUUAUUUUGUAUUGGUGAUGCAAAUGGCAAAAUGAUGCUUGCUCAUGCUGCCAGCGCACAAGGAAUUUCAGUGGUCGAACAAGUCACUGGAAGAGAUCAUGUGAUCAAUCAUUUAAGCAUACCAGCUGCUUGUUUCACUCAUCCUGAAAUCAGCAUGGUUGGAUUGACAGAGCCUCAAGCAAGGGAGAAAGGUGAAAAGGAGGGUUUUGAAGUAAGUGUUGCCAAAACAAGUUUUAAAGCUAACACAAAGGCCUUAGCAGAAAACGAAGGCGAGGGUCUUGCCAAGUUGAUAUAUAGACCCGACAAUGGAGAUAUAUUAGGAGUUCAUAUUUUUGGGUUGCAUGCAGCUGAUCUCAUCCAUGAGGCAUCCAAUGCAAUAGCAUUAGGAACACGUAUUCAGGAUAUAAAAUUUGCGGUUCAUGCUCAUCCAACUUUGUCUGAGGUGCUUGAUGAACUGUUUAAAUCAGCAAAACAGGUUAAAGAACAUGCUUCUGGCCCAGUGAAUGAACCAGUAACUGUUUAAUCUAUCCAAAGUAUAUGCUUUACAAGAGUUUCCUGUACAAACGGAGUUUCAAUGCAUUUCACAUCUUCCGGCGGAAUACUCCAACACAUCCAAAAUCUGGUAACUGAGGGCAACCGUUUGGAGGAGUCUCGCCAGUGGUCUCAGAAUGGAUGAGUGCCGAUAUAUUAUUUUCUAGGCAUAUUGUUAGUGUUAAGAGAAGAUUAUAUUCGUCAUUUUUGCUCUUUAGAAACUCGUUUCCUCUAAGUUGUGGUCUAGAUGUUUCAUGUUCGGUGGCCUGAGAGUGCCCUAUUUUUCAACCUUGCUGACAAUAACGCAAUCCACUAGUUAAAAGCAAUUUUUUUUUUCUUU